UUUCCCAAGAAGUGCAGUCCACCAACAGGUUAUAGGACACAAGCAUGUCUACAAAUGUUGGAACGAUCCGCCUCAGAAACUUGGCUGAAUUACAAAUUUCAAAUUUUGAAGAGGUAGCAGCGACUACGAAAUGCAUUUCGGAGGAAACCAAAACGCCAGAAAAACAAAAAAAGGCGCGAAAAGUACGCGCAGCAACAACAACAAAGAAAAAGAUAAAAGAUGAAAUUACAAACGCUCCAUCUAUUGUUAGCAGCACCGUGGUUAAGCGCAAUGGGAAAAAAGAGCCGCUACCGGGCCAACUACGCAUUGAUUCGUUUUUCAAGAGUAGCACAAAAAACUACAAAGUUGAACAUUUCACAACAAUCUCCCCUGGAAAAGCAAAACUUCGCCGUACUCCACGUAAAGGAUGCAAGCGAUUGUUCGAUGAGAAGUCGACAACGACGGAAAGUUUGUCCAAAGUGUCAGAUAUUUCAUUAGAACACAAGCUUAGCCGGAAACCUACACGAAAGCGAACACAGCCGCAGCGCAAUGCAAAGGCGAAAUGUGCGACAUCCCCGGCUGACGUCAUUGAUCUCUGUUCCGACGCUGAACCAGAAUCUGAUAACAAGCCUGCGGUGCCUAGUGUGUUUGAGGCGGCUCGGCCCGAAACACCAGCUAUGGUGAAUAUACCUUCUUUAAAUCUACAGAGGAAUUUAGAGACUGAGGCUUCUUCGAAUGAAAAUAUGCCCAAAACACGACAGCGCAAGCGUUGCCCGCCUUAUAAGAUUGUAGAGGAUACAACAUUCGUCGUCGAUGGUUUCCAGUUUGGCGAUAUUCCAAAUGCGACACAUUACUUUCUCAGUCACUACCAUGGCGAUCACUAUGUGGGCCUAACCCGCAAGUUUGCUCAUCCUCUAUACAUGAGCCCCAUAACGGCCAGGCUCGUGCGUACGUUCAUUCCAAUUGACAGUCAGUACCUCCACGAAAUUGCUGUCGAUCAAUCCAUUACGCUCAAUGACAUUGAGGUCACAGCUAUAGAUGCCAAUCACUGUCCGGGCGCUAUAAUGCUGAUCUUUAAAUUUAGCACUGGCAAGUGUAUCCUCCAUACUGGCGACUUUCGUGCCAGCUUUGAAAUGGAAUCGUUGCCAAUUUUCUGGAACCAGCCAAAUAUUGAUUUACUUUACCUGGACACCACAUAUCUAUCGCAGAAUUAUGACUUUUGUCAUCAGUCCGACAGUAUUUAUAGAGUUUGUUCCUUGGUGCGCCAAUUUCACGAGAAGCACGCCAGCAAACGUAUAUUGCACGUGUGUGGCUCCUAUUUGAUUGGCAAGGAGAAGGUAUGGUUGGCAUUGGUCGAGGAGUUUAGGCUGCGCGUCUGGACAGAACCCAAUCGCCGCAAAGCAAUCGAUUGUCUCGAUUGGCCAGAGUUAAAGCAUAGCCUCUGUGAUGAUCCCUUUGAGGCUAAUCUGCAUGUAAUCAACAUGGGAAAGAUUAGCUAUCCGCAACUUGAUCAGUACUUUAAGCAAUUUGAGGGCCACUAUGAUAUGCUGCUUGGCAUACGACCAAGCGGAUGGGAGAAGAACUCAAAGCCUUCAUAUGGCAAGCGAAUCAGUGUAAUUGGAGUGGAAUAUUCAGAACAUUCAAGCUACAAAGAGCUGGAACGUUUUGUGCGCUUUCUUAAGCCAAAAAAUGUCAUAAGCACAGUUCCUUUAGGAAGAGAUCUCUGCGUUACUCCAACAGUGCCGACCAACUGGUUCAAAUAUAAAGGAUAUGGCGGUAUGCUCAGCAAGAGCUAUCAGCCCUCCAUUUCAACGUUUUUGGAGACGCCCCAGCGUAAGCCGCCGACAAUGGCAAACAGAAGCACUAAUAUGAUAUUAAGUCCAAUUGAAAACUGCGGCAUCACAAAUUCGGAGAACUUAGACGAUCGCGAUAUAGCAGAGUCGGCAAAAGAUGAUUCCACUGAAGCUGCGCAUCAGUCGGUUGACAGAUUCAUGUCUGAUGCCUCCAAUGAUUUGCUCUCAAUUAUUUAGUUUUUUGUAGUAGUGAUAUCUUUAGUCGUUUUGUUUUUGUUUAUGUUUGAAUGUAAAGUUGAGUUAAGUUAUUUUUCCCUUGCUUUAAAAAAGACUAUUUUCUUAAAUUAUAUAUUUAGGUUAGAAUUGGCAAAAUAAUUUAAAAUAAAAUACUUCUGAAUCAGGAUUAACAAUCAGACAAGUCGCAGUUCAUUUUUAUUAUACGUUCACCCAUUUAUUUUUAAUAUAAACCCGAAUUAAUCUAUGCCUCGAAUUAAAUAAAAAAUUAUCAACUUUGCUGAAAUGUAUGUUAAUUCACAUACAUUUCCGGGUUAAAUAUAUGCUGAUAGCAACAAUUAUAUUUGCAAAUUUAUUAACGAUAUCAAUUGUUCCCAUCCGAGGCAACUCAAUUCAUAUUUAAACAAGGCGUCGCCCACAUUCAUUUUGUAUACAAUACAAGGCAUUAUAUUUGAUUACAUUUUUUAUAUGUGCAUAUUUAAUUAUAUAUAUAUAUAUAAAUUAUUUGUAUUUCAUUUUCCACUAGUUGACAUAGUAACACUUGUUUAUAAAGAUUAUGCUUAACGUAAAUACAUCAUGGAUAAAUAAACUUUAGGA